AUGAACAACAACGCGAUCGACCGGAAAAUUGAAGCCGGUAAAGGUUUCGUGCAAUCGGAGGUACACCCGGUGGAUAUCAAGUUCCCACGUGGCCAGGUGGACAUGACCGCUGAACAAGCCUCACCUGCGUUUCUAAACCGGUUCCCUGGCGCCGAGCGGUUUACCCUCAUUUCUGUUCGCCUGCACGAAGGCGCACGCGUCCGGGUUGAUGGCUUUGGCAUGCCGUACAAAAACCCAGAGCAACCAGCGGCCGAGGGCUGGAGGGCAUUCUAUUUUGCCAUACGGGCGCCACUGGCAACUAUCGACAAGGAAUGGAACGACAUGCGCCUCCCACCGCCGUUCAGCUACCCCUACGGCACCGAGCACCACUGGCCAUCCAAGAACAAGGGGGCUGCAGGCCUAACCCUCUACGCCGACCUACUCGAGAGGACCAAGAGCGCUGAAAAGUUUCGGGCAGCGUACGCUCUGUCGUCCAGGAUAUCUUCUGGAUCCACCAAGCAUCCGAAGCCAUACGGGAGGUUUAGGUCACCGGCCUAUCUCGUAGAUCGCGGCCACGGCCGGUACUACGUUGUUGUUGCUCUGGCUCGGGAGUUUAUGGACAAGUACGGCGCUGCCUGGCGGCGGUUGGCGAAGGAUUGUGAAGUGCGUCUCUUGUUCCACGACGAGGUGGAGGAAUCUUGGGACCGCACCAUCAUCGAGUAUCCGGACGACGACCUCCGCGCCAACCACCUGGUCGAGGCACACGAGGUGAUCCUUUCCGCGGAGGUGCCCGGCUUCAUGGACCCAAGCUUCGUGCCCAGGACGUUUGCUAAUCGCCGGGUUGCCAACGGGGCUAGGGGUGCUGCCCGCGGGUUCCCUCUCGACCUCGAUGACGCCAGCCGCAGGGUCUCUUCCGCGUGCCUGUACCUCCCUGACGCGAAGCCGACUCGCGUCCUCCCCUACCAGCCCAGCACGGCCGAGCUUGCCGAGCGGGAAGACACCAUGGCCCUCCAUCGCGCGGUCAUGCGGGGGCAAGGGUUCUACGACUGGAUGACGCGCCCUGUGUACACGAUGGCGUCCGCCUCGACAAAGGUAACGCCCAUGCGUACCGCCCGGCCGCUUCCUGUGGCCGACUUUCUCGCCCGCGCAGAUAAGGCGUACAUCAACGCACUGUUCGAAGAGGUGCUCCCCAGUGACCGGGGCCCAUUCCACGAGUGCCUGAGAAACAGGACUCUGGGUAUCGGUCUUAUCAUCGCGCCCCCUGGGUUUGGCAAGACGACCUUGAUGGCGGUAGCCGGCCUAGCGAUGACACCCGCGCAAUCGAUGAAGCGUGGGUAUAGGGAUUGGGUAGAGCGCACUGCUCAAGCGGUUCUUAUCGACGAGGCAAGCAACAUGCACCGCGGCGAUCUUGGUUGUGUCUGGGGAAAUUGUCUCCUGCCAGUGUUCUUCGGCGGCGACCCACGCCAGCUCCCGCCAACCGUAAUGACGGGCAACGAAACGGAUUCCGAAGGGAAUCUCUAUAAUAGCCUCGCCGACGAUAGCGCGAUCUCUCCGUUUGGUCUUCUUACUCAUGAAUGGGUGGCCAGUGCUGGCCGCAUUCUGGAGAGAGUGAUGCAGAGGCGUCCGUCCGUUCGCCCACCCCCUGCCGGCAAGAUGCUACCCGUGUUCGUACACUGCGAAGGCGCAGUCGUCCAUAUCGACGAGCGGACCGGCUCGAAGAGGAGUCGGGGCCAGAGUAUAGCCGCCUUGGACAUUGCAACUGAGCUCGUCCACGAGGGGGUCGACCCUGUCAAGAUCUCUAUCCUCUCGCCGUACGCCGCCAACGUCGAACUAAUCCUACAGCUGCGCAAGCAGCCCAAUUACGGGUUGCAAGGAUAG